UGUUAUUUCAUAAAAAAAAGAUUAACCUACUUUUUCAUAUUAUAAUGUCGGAUAAUAGCGAAUUGAUUGUACUUGAUUUAGUUCAGCUGGACUCUGUCGGGCAGGGCCUGGUUCCCGUUUUACGCUACACAGUGGCAGUCACGGCAAUGGCGUCAGCCAACAAGCCCUUCCUUAUCCCACUCCUAAUCCGCCACAUAUUGCAAAACAUGUCCGCAGCCGAUACCCUGGAAUUUGCAGCCAAAGCUCGCGAGGCGCUGGUCAAAAUGAUAUCCACCAUAGGCGCACCGCGUGUUAUCAACGGCACAGCUCAAUUGAUGGAUACUCUGGACAAGAACACGAGAGAUUUGCUUCCACAGCAGUCCCAAAGAACGCACUGUGAUUAUGAUACUGUUCGCCAGCGUGGUAUAGAUCUGUGGCGCGGAGUGUACAGCAGACAAGCAGACAAGCUAGAGGAAAAAAUCGGGGCGUGGAAUCCUGAUCUCAUAGAGUUUAUUCAGACAGACUUGUAUGGCCGCUUGUUGAGCGAUUGUCGUAUUCUUGAUGCAAAAUCCACUGAGUUGUGCGCGAUUGCCGCAUUGGUGCCUAUUGAUGUGCCAUCGCAACUUAAAAGCCAUGCUGGGCGCUUCAGAAGCAGAAUUGACGCAGCCAGUGCUCUGGCAGAGCAUGUAAAGCAUAUAUAAGGAAAUGACAUGACAUUUUAAAUAAAAUAAUUAUAUCUGGUGGAAAGUAAAUUUUC